CGCGUGAUCAUAGCUCUUGGUAUAAAAGCAAUUGCGGAUUCGAGAAUAGCCAGCAUCGUGCAAAAAGUUCGCGAACCAGCUAGACCCCCGUCCACCAGACAGGUGCACAGUGCUUGUCAGCUUGUAGUGUUCCAACGAAAUCCUGAUCAUCGUUGCUGGAGAUCUCGCGUCUGUUCUAAGUUCGUGUCGAUACGAUUUGGUUCCCGAGGAUGGCGCAGUGGAUCAGCUUCGUCCUCCUCGUCGUGGCGACGACGAUCGCGGUAACGGAGUCCAGGGCUAUUCCUGCUGAACCUGUUUCAGUGAUGUUAGAUCCUUACGGGAACCCCAUAGUUUUCCUGCGAGAGAAGAGGACAGCCGUGCAUCCAUAUCCCCACAGAGCGAUGAUGUUCACCGGAUACUACAGACCCGUGCGACGUUCGAGUCACGGUGGCCAGGCGACUGGUGUGUUCGCCCAAGGAAACGCCGUGAGUGGCGAGGCAUUUUUCGCUGGCAUGCAGCCGCCGCAUUUGAAGAACGGCCCGGAACCGAUCGAGGAAUCGGAAGUGUCGAGCGCUGAGGCUCAAGCAGCGCCUGAGGCUGCUGAUUCUCAUAGCGACGACGAACAAACUCAAGUACAACAGGAAGAAGAGUAUCAGCCUGAGGAGCAUCGUCCACAGGAAGGAAAUGUUGCGCAGGAUGAGGUAAAUCAUCCUCAAGGGGACCAACAUCAACAGGAGGACGAACAGCAACAUCACAAACAGCAUGCUGCUCUGCCUGCCCAGGAGCAACCGGAAUCGAUUCCCGCGUUCACCACCGAGGCGGCUCCGGUAACUCCAGCCGCAGAGCCGGUCUACACGAGCACAGAAGUGGUCCCGAAUCGUCCGAAGGCUCAGCAUGGAAAAAAGAACAAGAAGACCCCUGUCGUCGUUGUGGACGAUGACGAGGAAGAAGACGAAGAUGACGACGAUGAACUGUCCGUUCCUUUCGUUCCCUUCAAGGGCAAUCGUCGCCGACAAAACUACCCGAACCUGAACAACUUCUUCCCCAUGGUGUUCAGCUUCCCUGGUGGGUCUUCUCGAGCUGGAUCCUCCGAAGGAUCUCCCCCUGGCGCCGUGACCGCCAUUGCUAACAGUUACUCUACUGGAAAAGGUGGUGUCGCGAGUUCGGUAGCAACUGCUUACGGUGGAUCCCCUAAUGGGAAAAAGCGGCGUCCUGCGCCAUCCGAGGAGUAAAUCCCCGACUAAUCGAUCGGGCGCUAUAGAUCGAUGAUCGAGCCGUUCGCUUCUCGAUACCGUUAAGAUCAAUAUUCCAUUGGACAUUAAUAUGCAGACAGGACAGAGUUUCGACUGCGCUCCACUUUUCUAUUCUCCAGCAUGGCCCUGAAGAAGCAAUCGAGGACCGUGUUUCUUCGAGUGGGCAUUCUCUUCAGACUUAACCGCCGAACGAAUCGAAUUAUUUCUGCCAAUGUCACUGUUACUCCUAAUGCGAGAAUUUCAUCGAAUGGUACAUCGACGAACAAGCUAUGCCAACCCUUCACCGAUGAUCUACAAAAUUAUAUCUUUUCCUUCUAAAAUUAGUAUCGUACUUUAGAUUGUAUCUUUAAAUUAGAAACGGAUAGUAUGUAAGAAAAUAACGUAGAACGUAGCGUCGAUCUCAUAGUGAUCGAACGGACUAGUGCAAUAUUACGUCGUGUCAUUCGGAGAGACAAGGGUUUGCAUGAUCGUUCGACUACCUUGAAGCCGUAAUCGAAGAGAACAUCGAUCGAAGGUAAUCACACUUGUAGUAUAGUUCGUAAAGUGUAUAAGAAAUUACUAGUUAACGAUAGCUUGCGAAUUUAGCGUGAAGAAAUUCAUUAUUCCAGUACCGUACAUUGUUACUCAUUGAACUGCUUCGACCUGAGAAAAUUGUCUUUCGUAAACGAUGCAUGAGAUGCCAUCGAAAUAAAGCUAUUUUCAA